AUGUCUUCUCCAAAUGAUGACCAACAGCCUGUUGACCGGGAUAACCUUGACCGGGGGCCUCUAGUCAUGGCAAUCACUUGGAUAUUCUUGAUCAUUGCUCUCAUAUUCGUCGCAACUCGCUUAGCCUCAGAGACUUCGUUUAUUGAGGCGUUACCGACGUUAAACACCGCUGCGCCGCAGAUAAUUCAACUGGCUAUUCAAUCUUUGGUCACGAAUUCCUAUACCUACGGCCUGGAUAAGCACGAUCAUAGCUUAUACCAAGAGGAGAUGAUAACCAUGCUCCGGAAUAGCUGGGUGUCGGUGCCGCCCGGAAUCGUGGUCGGCCUAUUGUCGCGAGCAUCUAUCGCUAUUAUGCUCAGCCGUAUCUUCAAGACAUACAAGUGGUUCACCUAUUACUUGAUCUCGUUCACUGCCCUUACGUGGGUAGCUUGGAUCGUGCAGAUACCCAUAUCCUUUUUGCAAGUCAAACCGGUCGAGGCACUAUGGAACUUUACCUUAGUUCCCGAGCGACGCUGGGACCUAAGAGUCUGGUUGUAUACCGCAUACUUCGCGCAGUCAUGUUUUACUGUCUCCGAUCUUACAUACGCCUUAUUUCCCGUAAUCCUUACUUGGAGGCUCAACAUGCCCGUCCGUGAGAGAAUCAGUCUUAUAAUCGUCAUGUGCGGUUCCGUGUUAAGCAUGAGUAUGUCUAUCUUGAAAACGAUAGCUAUGGGCGCUGUCGCCAAUUCGACUGUGGGAGCGCCUGACGUGCAGUACCAGAGUAGCCUGUCACUCCUCUACGGGUACAUAGAGCAAUGUGUCGUCAUUAUUAUAGGCUGCAUCCCAACUCUACGUUCUGUUAUUAAGAAGCUAGACUUUUCCAAGCUGAGCGAGCUAAGAUACUAUAUGUACACGAGGAAGGCGUCCGUGCCCGACCUUGCUUUCAAUAGAUAUACCAACUUGGACACCGAUCAUUACAAGCUGACCGCGGUCACAUGGGAAGUAGAAUCAUCAGGACCGAGGGCGAUGUGAGGUUUGGUCACGUGGCGGUACAAAAUACAUCUUAUAGGUCGCUGUCCAUCGAUUCACCGAAUCACCAGGAGGACAGAUUUGUAUAUCGUUACAUGAGAUACCAAAGAGCGCGUACCGAGGGAGACUAGAGAAUCUUAGAACAUUGAUUUGGUGUUGGCGAAGAACUUUAGUGUGUUAGGUACCUAGUAUAUUAUAGGAUACAGCAAACUGCUUGUAUGAAUUUAUAUAAGUUCUUGGCCUAAGGAAAGAGGUUGAAACCUGAAAUCAUGUUGUUUAC